AUGCCAAGGGUAAAAACCCAACCAAAACGCCACAUUCCAAACGCCAAAAGGCCCAAACAGCCCUUAGGAUUGACACCUCAGCAAAGACUGGCUCUGGACAAAAAGGCCGGCGUCUCGUUCGUAACGGGAAAGGUCAAACCGCCAAAGUUCGACCCGGCGGAUCUAUUCCAUCAUCCUCCACAAAGAAAAGAUAUCAUCCCUCCCACGAUACGAUUAGCAAAGCCGCAGCCGCCGCCAAGCUUGUCAAAGGAGCCGUUGGGUUCAUCCAAGGACUUAAAACCAAUCACACCGCAGUCACCAGUAUGGGCGGUACAGGCAAACCCUACUCCGACGUACGAAAGUGACACUAGUCGUAGUAGUUGUGAUGAGGAUGGGUGGUGGGACGUGACCGUCGACUCCACAUCUUCCGAUUCUGAUAGUGAUGAUAAUUCUGAUGAUGAGCAAGUAUAA